AUGAAGAUGUUCGUGCAAGUGGCGUUGUUCUCAUCAACGUUGUUAUGCAUAUGGUGGAGCAGUGACGCAGACCCUCAAACACUUCUACUCAACGCUGGGUGCAGCCGUUACAACGCAACAAACUUGAAUCGCUUCUUAGCGAAUCUGAACGCAACAUUUUCAGAGCUGAGAGAAAAGAUUAGCAGUGAAAACAUGCAGUUUGGGACAGUCACGAAAACGAGUGGAGGUGCCCUUUCAUAUACAAUGUUUCAAUGCAGAAACUAUCUCUCCAAAAACGAUUGUCUCAGUUGCUUCGCCACCGCCUCCGCCCAACUCCGCAACUGCUCCACCGCCAGCGGCGCCCGUGUCACCUACGACGGCUGCUUCUUCAGGUACGAGAGUGAGGGAUUCUACGAUCAGAGUACUGAUCUAGGCAACGGUGUUUCAUGUGGGAAUCAAACUGCACAUGAAAGAGAUGUGUUUAGUGCAAUUGGACGGCAAGUGCUAAUGAACCUCCAAAUAGCAACACCCAAAAUUAAAGGGUUUUUUGCAGCUACUAAGACACCUGUGGUUGGUGUUGGUGCAAUUUAUGCCAUUGCACAAUGUAUUCAAACAAUCACACCCAGUGGUUGUUCAGAUUGCUUGAGAGUUGAUUACAACAACAUGCAUACCUGUCUUCCCAAUACAAAUGGUAGAGCAUAUGAUGCUGGGUGUUUUAUGAGAUACUCCACCACACCCUUCUUUGCUGAUAACCAGACUAUUGAUAUUAACCCCUAUCUAAAACAAGGAGGUUCAAGCAAGAAGUGGGCCAUUAUUGGUGGUGUUGUUGGAGGUAUAGUACUUGUGAUCCUCCUUUCAUUAUUUGUCUGGUGUAGAAGAUCUCAAAAACCCAAGAGAGUUUCUAGAGGCAACAUAUUGGGAGCAACCGAGUUGAGAGGUCCUGUCAACUACAAGUAUAAUGAUUUGAAAGAUGCAACAAAAAAUUUUAGUGAUGAAAAUAAAUUAGGAGAAGGAGGCUUUGGAGAUGUAUACAAGGGUACACUGAAAAAUGGGAAAGUUGUAGCAGUCAAAAAAUUAAUUUUAGGCAAAUCCGACAAGACUGAUGAUGAUUUUGAAAGUGAAGUCAAGCUUAUAAGUAAUGUUCAUCAUAGAAAUUUGGUCCGGCUUCUUGGUUGUUGCAGUAAAGGCCAAGAAAGAAUACUUGUUUAUGAAUACAUGGCAAACAAUAGCCUUGACAGAUUCUUAUUUGGUGACAAAGAAGGUUCCCUCAAUUGGAAACAACGGUAUGAUAUAAUUUUAGGCACAGCAAGGGGACUGACCUAUCUGCAUGAGGAAUUCCACGUUUCUAUCAUACAUAGGGAUAUCAAGAGUGGCAAUAUCCUCUUGGAUCAUGAAUUUCAACCCAAAAUUUCUGAUUUUGGGUUAGCAAGGCUUUUACCUGGGGACAAAUCACAUCUUAAAACAAGAUUUGCAGGAACAUUGGGAUACACAGCACCUGAGUAUGCAAUUCAUGGUCAACUAUCAGAAAAAGCUGACACCUACAGCUAUGGUAUUGUAGUCUUAGAAAUAAUAAGCGGUCAAAAGAGUACCGAGCUAAGGGUUGAUGAUGAUGGUAGUCAUGAAUACCUUCUUCGACGAGCAUGGAAACUGUAUGAAGAAGGCAUGCACUUGGAGUUAGUGGAUAAAAGCUUAAACUCUAAUGAGUAUGAUGUAGAAGGAGUGAAGAAAAUCAUAGAAAUAGCUUUGUUGUGCACUCAAGCAUCAGCUGCAACGAGGCCAACAAUGUCUGAAGUAGUAGUUCUACUCAACAGCAAGAACUUUAUCGAGCAUGUGAGACCUUCAAUACCAGUGUUUGUUGAAAGAAAUCUAAGGCCCCAAGGAGAUGUUCCUAACUCAAUCACUUCCUCCAAUGCUACUGUCUCUACUUCUGAUGCAUCUGCUAGAUGA